AGCGUGUCUUGAGCCCGAUGCACUAUCACGCGAGCACCAAUCACGCCCAGCAACCUAAUUUCCCCCGCAUCUUCUUAUCUUGUCCCGUCUAUUCCCUAUUCAUCUGGAUGCCGCCGACCGUCAUGAAUCAAAUGUAUUUCACUGGUUCAUGCCACUGACCGUUCCGGUUGCGGGGAUUGUCCUACUGUAAGCGAUGUCAUGCCAAGGGCACGAGUGGUACGAGGACAGCGUUAUGCUUUCCCGUUACUUAUAACCAGGGCACGUCGCACGACGUUGCUCUUCCGUCACCUUGAGAUGCCCACCCCUUCAUCCUCACCUCGUCUCCCUUCUCCUUCGCAGUGUCUCGUACACCAUGGCCCCAUCAGAGAAACCAGAAAUGGCGUCCACAUCACAUCCGGACCCCGAGUCCGGCAUCGCAGCCGGUGAUCUGAAAUCGGGUGCUUUGCAUGAGAUGAUCGCGCGCGACCUUCUCGAUGAACGAUACAAGGUCACUCAGCGUGGCCUCAAAAACCGCCAUGUCCAGCUGAUGGCCCUGGGAGGCACAAUCGGCACCGGUCUCUUCGUAGGAUCCGGUCAGGCUCUACAUAUCGGUGGUCCUCUUUCCCUCUUGCUCGGUUAUAUCUUCAUUUCGAUCCUCGUCUUCGCUCUCGUCACCGGAAUCGCGGAAAUCGGCGCCUACAUGCCCGUUCACGGUGGAACAAUGAGCUAUCAUGGCUUUCGCUACGUCUCGCGCAGUAUGGGGUUUGCAAUGGGAUACUUGUAUUGGUAUUCGCUGGGAAUAUUGGUGCCGUAUGAGAUUGUCGCAGCCUCCAUGGUCAUCGAUUACUGGCAUCCGAACGUCAAUCUGGCCGUGUGGAUCACCAUCAUGCUGGUUGUUAUCGUCCUUCUCAACUGUAUGCCGGUGGGCGUAUAUGGGGAAACCGAGUUCUGGUUCUCCGGGAUCAAGAUCAUCACUCUGGUCGGGUUGCUGCUCUUGUCCUUCAUUCUCUUCUGGGGUGGAGGUCCCAACCGCCAACGUCUCGGCUUCCACUACUGGAAAGACCCCGGAGUCAUGAACACUUACCUUGUCUCCGGUGAUGCCGGUCGCUUCGUCGGCCUUCUGCAGUGCAUCGUCAAAUCGGCCAUCGCAUUCAUCUUCGCGCCCGAAUUAGUCGUCAUCAGUGGCGGCGAAAUGGAAUCCCCACGUCGCAACGUCCCCAAGGCCGCCCGUCGAUACAUCUACCGUCUCGUCAUCUUCUACGUCCUCGCAGCCCUCGCCAUCGGAGUCAUCUGCUCCUCCAACGCCAAACAACUAACCGCCGGCUCCGGCACCGACGCCUCCUCCUCCCCCUUCGUCGUGGCGAUCUCCAACGCCGGCAUCCCCGUCCUCCCCAGCAUCGUCAACGCCGCGAUCCUCACCUCCGCCUGGUCCGCCGGCAACUCCUUCCUGUACAUGUCCUCGCGCUCACUCUACUCCCUCGCCGUCUCCGGCAACGCCCCCAGCAUCUUCAAGUCCUGCAACCGCUGGGGCGUGCCGUACUUCGCCGUGGCCAUCUCCUCCCUCUUCUCCCUCCUCGCCUACAUGGCCGUCGGCAGCGGCAGUUACACCGUCUUCAACUGGCUCAUCAACUUCACCAACACCUCCGGCUUCAUCUCCUGGUUCUGCUGCAGUGUCGUGUACUUCCGCUUCAACAAAGCCGUGAAAGUGCAGGGCGUCGAGAAACCCUAUUCAUCGCGCAUGCAGCCAUGGGGUAUGUACGUCGGUCUGGCGGGCUCGACCUUCCUCGCCCUGAUCAAUGGAUUUACCUGCUUCUUUCCGUCCGAGUGGUCCGCGAGUAACUUCUUCACGGCGUAUAUCGGUAUUCCCGCGUUCGUGGUGCUGUAUGCUGUUCAUCGGAUCGUCUACUGGAGUGAUCCGUGGGCGUGGAGGAGUGAAGAGGUCGAUUUACAUACGGGGUUGAGGGAGAUCAUGGAGGCGGAAAAGCCCGAGAGGGUGAGGGAUACGUGGUGGAAGAAGUUGGCGGUUUUGGUGGAGUAGAUCGGAUACCUCAUGGGUGCUGUUGCUGGGUUCAUAAUCAUUUAGCAAAAUAUCACCUCUCAUGUUGAGUUAAUAUUCGUCCAGACUUCCCUCGUGAAACAUCGUCUUUCAUCCGUUGAAUUGGCAUCAUGGGUGGUAUAAAUAUAUAUAGUCAGCCGACAAC